GUUAUUUUCUAAUACUAUUCCCAAAAAGACCCUUAAGCAGCAAAAGAAAGGGUUUUUUUGCCAUGUCUAAUUACAAUUUGGUUUCUUCGGUUUCGCACUGAAUCGUUCUUCUUUGUUGGUAGAUCCAGGGCGUGGAAAUGGAAAAAGCCCAGCAGCAACAGUGGUGGAAGUUAAGGUGGUCGUACAGGAACGCAACCAUUUUGGUCUCUUCCUUCAACCUCAUCGCCGCCCUCUUCUUCCUUCAAAGCUUCCUCUUUUCUUCUUCCCCUUCCACCAGAUCCACACCAGUUGAAAGGUACGUGAAGGAAUCUCUAGAGAUUCGGCGUGCAAUGUUGCCCGUGGAUCUAAUAAAAAGAGUGAAGGAAAUUGAGGAAGAAGCAUACAUUGAAUCAGAAGCAGUUGAACGUAAGGACGGAAAGCAGGGUGCUGCAGUAAAUCUGAUCUCUAGGAUAAACAACUUUCGCUCUUAUUCUGAUGCUAAUGGCAUAAAAGCUCUUGAAGAAUGGCGCAAGCGGAAAAUGGAACGGGCCCGGAAGCGGGAACUUGGUAAGAAUGGAACGAGCAUCUGACGGGCUGUGAUGGAUGAGAGAAGUGGUGCGUUAUCAUUUUCACCCGUCUUGCCCGGAUCCGGUACUGAUUUUUUUUGUACUUUUGUAUAUGAGCUGACAGUCUCUUGGAACUAACCUCGUACUAUAGGGGUAGUAAGGUCUACGUGUACGCACCCUCCCGAGAUCUUAUCAAGUUUGUUGUAGUUAUUGAAAUUAUAUAAACUUCAUGUGAAAUACACAGAAACUGCUCCAUAUGGGAGUGUAUGUC